AUGAUGGCAUUCCACGUGGAUCUCCUGGCGUUAACCGCGGCCGAGCUUCAAAGCCUCCUCACAGACGGAGCCACGACGAGCGCCAAGAUCGUGGACUUGUACCUCGCCCAAAUCGAGAAGCAUAAUCACGCCGGUAUAAAGCUCCACGCCAUCAUCUCAGUAGCCAACCGAGAAAUUCUCUCCGAACGUGCGCGACAACUUGAUCUGGAACGGCUGCAGGGGAAGACGAGGGGGCCGUUCCACGGUGUGCCCAUCAUCAUCAAGGAUAUAUGCACUACAGUGGACAUGCCCACCACUUGCGGGUCAUUUGCGUUUGCGCAGGGCAGAGCUAAAGAAGACGCCCCCAUCAUCAAGACGCUGAAUGAUGCUGGGCUCAUCAUUAUCGCUAAAGCAAAUCUUAGUGAGCUGGGAAACACAAAAGGAGAUGGUUUGAUGGCUGGCUGGUCUGCGGUGGGGGGACAGACGCAAAAUCCCUACGUUGAAGGUGGGGUAGAGGAAGACGGCCCGUUCCUCACAAACUCUGGCCCUGCCGGCUCGUCAUCUGGCAGCGCUGCUGGUGUGGCCGCAGGUUUUGCACCUGUAUCACUAGGCACGGAGCUCGAUGGUUCCAUCGUCAUGCCGGCGGCUAGAGCCGGGCUAUACGCCAUCAAGCUUACCCCGGACAGCGUCGAUAACACUGGCUUCAUGCCGGGUUGCCCCGGACAGGACUGCCAGGGACCCUAUGCACGGACAACAGCUGAUGUCGCUACACUCUCUGCUGUUAUACAGCUUCGCGAUCCCGAUCACUACCUCCCGCUCCGUAAGUCUUGGGAGGGACUCAGCGUGGGCUUCGUGGACCCCAAAUUGUGGAGAAGUUACCCAACCGCCAUCGAACCAGUGGAUGGCUUCUUUGAGCAGACUGACGCGGCUUUGUUCACUGCUCAAGAGAAAAUUCAACAGCUCGGAGGUAAAGUCGUCAAAUCAAUUCCCUUGGCAUCAUGGGAAGACAUCACUGGCGCAAUGCCAGACUUGGUGGAGAUGGAAGACCUAUUCCCAUAUCAACUGAAUCGCCGGUUUCCUGGUUUUCUGCAGAUGUUCGAUGGAAUACCUCAGACGCUUGAAGGACUCAUCCAGUUCAAUGAGCAGCACGCCGAUAUUGAAUUUACUAAGCGAAACAACAACCAAAAGGGCCUCGAAGGUGCUAGAGACACCAAAAUCACAGAAGAGAAGUACCAGACCAACUUUAGAGCUCUCCGUGGAGCGGCAGUCAGUACGCUCCUGGCGAUGAUGAACGGGUACGAAGUGGAUGUUAUUCUUGGGCCGUGCGACUCUCGCACGGCAAGUGUAGGAGCUGCUGCAGGCUUCCCAGUGGGAAAUCUCCCACUAGGCCAUGCUUUCUUCAAUGGAAGACCAUUCUCUCUACAUGUUAUAGCGCCACCAGAUGAGGAAGGAAAGAUCUUCCAGGUCAUGUCAGCGUGGGAGGCCACCUUUCCUGAGAAUGUCCGUCCCCCGCCGCAGCUUGUUGGGAAAUAA